AUGGCCCAGCCCUACCCCCCUGCCCAGUACCCCCCUCCGCCACAGAACGGCAUCCCCGCCGAGUACGCCCCGCCCCCGCCGCACCCCACGCAGGACUACUCGGGCCAGACCCCGGUCCCCCCAGAGCACGGCAUGACCCUGUACACACCAGCACAGACCCACCCCGAGCAGCCAGGCACCGAGGCCAGCACACAGCCCAUCGCCGGAACCCAGACAGUGCCGCAGACAGACGAGGCGGCACAGACGGACAGCCAGCCGCUCCACCCCUCCGACCCCACAGAGAAGCAGCAGCCCAAGCGGCUCCAUGUCUCCAACAUCCCCUUUCGGUUCAGGGACCCUGACCUGCGGCAAAUGUUCGGGCAAUUCGGAAAAAUCUUAGACGUGGAGAUCAUUUUUAACGAGCGGGGCUCCAAGGGUUUUGGGUUUGUAACUUUUGAAACUAGCUCAGAUGCUGACCGAGCCCGGGAGAAGCUGAAUGGGACGAUCGUAGAGGGACGGAAAAUUGAGGUCAAUAAUGCCACAGCCCGAGUCAUGACGAACAAGAAGACUGGGAACCCCUACACUAAUGGAUGGAAGCUAAACCCCGUGGUAGGCGCAGUCUAUGGGCCUGAAUUCUAUGCAGUGACGGGGUUCCCCUACCCCACCACCGGCACGGCCGUCGCCUACCGGGGCGCGCACCUGCGGGGCCGGGGCCGGGCUGUGUACAAUACGUUUCGGGCUGCACCGCCCCCGCCCCCCAUCCCGGCUUACGGAGCGGCCCUGGAGCAAACGCUUGUUAAAAUGCCAGUCCCGUGGGCGGGGCUGGCACCGUGCCCCCUCCCUCCUCAGCAGACACCGGAGCCGGCCUACCCCACCUCUCCAGCGUUCCCACCACUUUCUUGUCCAUUUGCUUCCAGGGUCGUGUAUCAGGAUGGAUUUUAUGGUGCUGAGAUUUAUGGAGGCUAUGCAGCCUACAGAUAUGCUCAGCCAGCGGCAGCAGCGGCCUACAGCGACAGUUACGGCAGAGUCUAUGCGGCUGCUGACCCCUACCAUCACACCAUCGGCCCCGCAGCAACCUACAGCAUUGGAACCAUGGCUAGCCUCUGCCGUGGAGGGCACAGCCGCUUCACCCCCUACUAG